AUGUUUUCCGUGAGCAAGAGAGACAAGUCGUACAGAGACAGCUUUUCGCAUCGAGCUGGAAAAUCGAUGAGCAGUAAGAGGCAAAAGUCGUUCAAAGAAUAUGGCACAUCGAAACGCAUCAGCACGAUACAACCAGUCGUACAACAGCCGUCUGCGCAAUCGUCACCGAGAAGUGCCAGCUCUCCCACAUCACCAAAUCUCAACUCCGCCAUCGUCACCAUCGCCAUCGGAUCAGAACAGAGACUAUUUGCUGCUCACGAGGAUGUCCUGUCGAAGUCCCCUGCGUUCGCCCAACAGAUUCGCAAACAAUUCUUCGAAUCAAACGGCAAGCGUAUCGAUAUACCAAACGAACUCCCCGAGGUCUUUUCAGCAAUACUAGAGUACUUAUACAAAGGCGACUACACACCCAAGCUUGAGUACGACAAGAAACAUCAGAGCUGGUUUCUUGAUGAUGGAGAUGCCGCGAACGGGAUGACAGAGAGCACGGUCCGCACAUCUGACAAUCAUGUCGUCCUCAAAGACACUGUUAUCUACUGCUCGGCAGCUCGUUAUGGCCUGGCCGACCUUCAACGACUGGCAUUGAAGAAGCAAGGACUGCAAUCUGGAGUGCAAUGCGGCACAAUCUUGUCGUCAGCUCGCUAUGCCUAUGCUAACACGCCGGCAUCCGAUUCAAAGCUUCGAGCACAUUACCUCGCCCUCAUCAUCCGGAGUCGCAGCACGUUCAAGCGUAGCGGCACUAUGCAAAUGCAAAUGGAAGCAGGUGGUUCGCCACUUUUUUUCGACUUGUUCGUAGCUAUGGUGAACCACCUCGACGACAUUACCUCCAGCGCACGAUCGCCACGCUCCUAG